AUGACUAAGGCUUUACUCUCUGUAGUCGCUUUGCUUUUCUCGAUGCUCUCGCUGGCGCAGGCGAAGACGCACACGUUCAAUUGGACCGCCGGAUGGGACUACCGAAACGUGGAUGGGCUCAAAAGUCGUCCCGUUAUCACUUGUAAUGACCAGUUCCCAUGGCCGGACAUCACCGUCGACAAGGGUGAUCGUGUGCAGGUGUACUUGACCAACGGGAUGAACAACACCAACACUUCCAUGCAUUUUCACGGUCUUUUCCAAAACGGGACCAACUCGAUGGACGGUGUGCCCUUCUUGACGCAGUGUCCCAUUGCUCCGGGGAAUACCAUGCUUUAUAAUUUCACUGUGGAGCACAAUGUCGGUACUUACUGGUACCAUUCGCACACCGAUGGUCAAUACGAAGACGGGAUGAAGGGUCUUUUCAUUAUCAAUGACGGAGAUAACUUUCCGUACGAUUACGAUGAGGAACUUUCUUUGUCGCUUAGUGAGUGGUACCACGACCUGGUGACCGACCUGACCAAGUCGUUCAUGAGUGUUUACAAUCCAACCGGUGCCGAACCCAUCCCACAAAAUCUGAUUGUCAACAACACGAUGAACCUGACAUGGGACGUCCAGCCGGAUACCACGUACCUUCUCAGAAUUGUUAAUGUCGGUGGGUUCGUGUCCCAGUACUUCUGGAUCGAGGACCAUGAAAUGACCGUGGUCGAGAUCGACGGUAUCACCACUGAAAAAAACGUGACAGAUAUGCUUUACAUUACUGUCGCCCAGAGAUAUACGGUCCUGGUUCACACGAAAAACGAAACCGACAAAAAUUUUGCCAUCAUGCAAAAAUUCGAUGACACCAUGUUGGAUAUCAUCCCAGGUGAUUUGCAAUUGAAUGCUACUUCGUACAUGGUCUACAACAAGUCUGCUGCGCUACCCGCCCAAAACUACGUGGACUCAAUAGAUGAUUACUUGGACGACUUCUAUCUGGAACCAUACGAAAAGGAGGCCAUCUAUGGUGAGCCAGACUACGUCAUUACCGUCGAUGUUGUCAUGGAUAACUUGAAAAACGGUGUGAAUUACGCCUUCUUCAACAACAUUACCUAUACCACUCCGAAGGUCCCCACUUUAAUGACCGUCUUGUCUGCAGGUGACCAAGCCAACAAUUCCGAAAUCUAUGGUACAAACACACACACUUUCAUCUUGGAAAAGGACCAGAUCGUCGACAUUGUACUAAACAACCAGGAUACAGGUACCCAUCCUUUCCAUUUACACGGUCACGCCUUCCAAACCAUUCAAAGAGAUCGUACAUACGAUGACGCCUUGGGUGAAGUUCCUCACAGUUUCGACCCAGAUAACCACCCUGCCUUCCCAGAAUACCCAAUGAAAAGAGAUACGCUAUACGUGAGACCACAGUCCAAUUUUGUCAUCAGAUUCAAAGCCGACAACCCUGGUGUUUGGUUCUUCCAUUGCCACAUCGAAUGGCAUUUGUUGCAGGGACUAGGUCUUGUCCUUGUGGAAGAUCCGUUUGGUAUUCAAGAGGCUCAUUCCCAACAAAUAAGCGAAAACCAUUUGGAAGUUUGCAAGAGUUGCUCCGUCGCUACCGAAGGCAAUGCUGCUGCCAAUACGCUCGAUCUGACCGACUUGACCGGUCAAAACGUCCAGCACGGAGUUAUUCCUAGCGGUUUCACCAAAAAGGGCAUAAUUGCCAUGACAUUCUCUUGUUUUGCUGGUAUCUUAGGUAUCAUCACCAUUGCCAUAUACGGUAUGAUGGAUAUGGAAGAUGCAACCGAAAAGGUUAUUCGAAACCUACAUGUGGACCCCGAAGUCUUGAUAAACGAAGUUGAUGAAAGUGAAGAUCGUCAUAUAAACGAAGAUCGUCAUUCCACCGAGAAGCAUCAAUUUCUAACCAAAGUUAAAGACUUUUUCUGA